AUGAGGCGGGCCGAGCGCGGCGGGGCCAAUGGGGCAGGGAGGGGGCUCGCCGGCCACGCCGCUCACUCUCCGGGAGGCUUGCGCUCCGCCCCACCCGGGUUUAAAGCCCCACGGGCGGCUGGUGGCGGCGCCGCGAGCGCCCAGUGGCGCGAGGAGAUGCAAGAGUGCGCCCGCAAUCGGCAACAUGCGCCCCGCGCCCGCGCUGGUCCUGGCCGCUCUCUGCCUGCUGGCGCUGCCCGCCGCCACCGCCGCCGCCUACUUCGGGUCAGUGCCCGUCGCAUCCCCGCUCUCCGCGUGCCUGGCAGGAACCCCAAGCUUACCAUCUCCCUUUUCACCCUCUCCAGUCUGACAGGACGUGAUGUCCUGACACCCUUCCCAGGCCUGGGCACAGCAGCAGCCCCGGCACAGGCUGGUGCCCACCUGAAGCAGUGUGACCUGCUGAAGCUGUCCCGGCGGCAGAAGCAGCUCUGCAGGAGGGAGCCUGGCCUGGCUGAGACCCUGAGGGAUGCGGCACAUCUGGGGCUGCUGGAAUGUCAGUUCCAGUUCAGGCAGGAGCGUUGGAACUGCAGCCUGGAGGGGAGGACUGGCCUGCUCCAGAGAGGCUUCAAGGAAACAGCCUUCCUGUAUGCAAUGUCUGCAGCUGCCCUCACGCAUGCGCUGGCCCGGGCCUGUAGUGCUGGGCGCAUGGAGCGUUGCACCUGCGAUGACUCCCCAGGCCUGGAAAGCAGGCAGGCCUGGCAGUGGGGCGUGUGUGGUGACAACCUGAAGUACAGCACCAAGUUCCUAAGCAACUUCCUGGGCCCUAAGAGAGGAAGCAAGGACCUCCGGGCCCGAGCCGAUGCCCACAACACCCAUGUGGGCAUCAAGGCUGUGAAGAGUGGCCUGAGAACAACCUGUAAGUGCCACGGCGUGUCGGGCUCCUGUGCCGUGCGCACCUGCUGGAAGCAGCUUUCCCCGUUUCGUGAGACUGGCGAGGUGCUGAAGCUACGCUAUGACACGGCUGUCAAAGUAUCCAGUGCCACCAACGAGGCUUUGGGCCGUCUGGAGCUAUGGGCACCCGCUAAGCCAGGAGGGCCUGCCAAGGGCCUGGCGCCUCGCCCCGGGGACCUGGUCUACAUGGAAGACUCUCCCAGUUUCUGCCGGCCUAGCAAGUACUCUCCGGGCACUGCAGGCAGGGUGUGUUCUCGGGACACGAGCUGCAGCAGCCUGUGCUGUGGGCGAGGCUACGACACCCAGAGCCGCAUGGUGGCUUUCUCUUGCCACUGCCAGGUGCAGUGGUGCUGUCAUGUGGAGUGCCAGCAGUGUGCACAGCAGGAGCUGGUGUAUACCUGCAAGCGCUAGGCCUCCACCAGGUGAGACUGUGGUACUGCCAGGACUCCCGCCACACAGGACACCGGCAAGCACCUACCUGCCCACGCACAGGCUGUGUACAAGAGUGUGCCCCUCAUCUCCCCCAACAGAUCGUUGGCCUGCCUUCUGCCUUCCUCACUAUUCAGAGAGAGAAACAAAGCCCUACCUCUGAGUCCCAGGAUCGCCCACCUGGCUGAGGACUUGGGACAGAACAGACUGAGAAGAGAGGGGAAUCUAUGAGGACCAGGGUAAGGCAUGAGCGAUGCUAUGCCGGAAGAGAAACAGCUUCCUGUCUCAAGGCCAAUAAAAGCUGGGAGGAUAUGGGAGAGGAAGGCAGAGCCAGCUGGAGCGGGAAGCAUUCAGCUGAGCGUGGUCAAUCUGUUGUGACCCCACUCUGAUGGCAGAGAGCUCUGGGUGUCACAUGCCUGCUUUGGUGGGGAGGUGGGGGAACACUUUGCGCACUGAAGACUGUUCAGGAUGUUUAUUGGGAGCAAGGAAAGCUUUUUAGGCUUGGGUGGCUCAGGUCACAGAGCCCGUGUACCCUGAAGUCUUAUGUCCUGGCCCUCAGGGCUGCCUCCUUGUGUUCUUAUCUUGAAAGCCGAGUCCCCCACAGCCAUUCAGCUCUGCUCAAUGAGACCCCUAAAGAUCAUAAGAAGGGCAUUGCCGGAGCCAGUCUCCACAGUGGGACUCAGAUAAUGCAACCAGGGUUGAGUUCAGGAGACAGUGACCCUUUCUCUUUUCCUUGGUGGCCAAAGGAACCUUUAAUCACAGCCCAGAGGAGGAGAGCUGUGUCCUGAUGCCUGGAUGAGAUAUGGCAGGCUCUGUAUUGAA